GUAAUAAGGGUACCUGAGAACAUAUUAACGGGAGGACAAACUGAGAAUCUAGGUUUCAUGUUUGGGAUUCAGGAGAGCAUCCAGAGGAGUGGGAGAUUUGAAGAAGAACCUAUCGGAGCCGCGCAUAUGAACACAGUCCGAACAUGGAUGCAAGGCGCCGGGGUGCUGGAUGCGAACACGGCCGCGCAGAGUGGAGUGGGACUGGCCCGUGCGCACUUCGAGAAACAGCCGCCCUCAAACCUUCGGAAAUCCAACUUCUUUCACUUUGUUUUAGCUCUUUAUGAUCGACAAGGUCAGCGGGAAAUAGAGAGAACCUCUUUUGUCGGAUUUGUUGAAAAAGAAGGAGAAAAGACAAAUAAUGGUACAUUACAGACUGCACUUCUCUACAGCAACGGCAUCAGAACAGAGCAGGAUUUUUAUGUAAGACUAAUUGACUCCAUGACUAAACAGGCCAUCAUCUACGAAGGUCAAGAUAAGAACCCAGAGAUGUGCCGUGUACUCCUGACGCAUGAAAUCAUGUGCAGUCGAUGCUGCGACAAAAAGAGUUGUGGAAACCGCAAUGAGACACCCUCUGAUCCCGUCAUCAUCGACAGGUUUUUCCUCAAGUUUUUCCUGAAAUGCAAUCAGAACUGUCUGAAGAAUGCAGGAAAUCCACGAGACAUGCGCCGCUUUCAGGUGGUUGUGUCAACGACAGUGAGUGUAGAAGGACAUGUUUUGGCUGUGUCAGACAACAUGUUUGUGCACAACAACUCCAAACAUGGCAGAAGAGCUCGACGACUGGACCCAUCAGAAGGAACACCAUCAUAUUUGGAGCAUGCUGCACCUUGUAUCAAAGCCAUUAGUCCCAGUGAAGGGUGGACAACAGGAGGUGCUACUGUCAUCAUCAUUGGAGACAACUUCUUUGAUGGAUUGCAAGUCAUCUUCGGCACCAUGUUGGUCUGGAGCGAGCUCAUCACACCUCAUGCAAUCAGAGUUCAGACCCCUCCUCGCCACAUCCCUGGGGUGGUAGAGGUCACACUCUCCUAUAAGUCCAAACAGUUUUGCAAGGGCACACCAGGAAGAUUCAUCUACACAGCCCUGAACGAGCCCACCAUAGACUAUGGUUUUCAGCGGUUACAGAAAGUGAUACCUCGACAUCCAGGAGACCCUGAACGCUUGCCAAAGGAGGUGAUUUUGAAAAGAGCAGCAGAUCUGGUGGAAUCGCUUUAUGGGAUGCCUCAUAACAACCAGGAAAUCAUUCUUAAGCGAGCAGCAGACAUUGCUGAGGCCCUGUAUAAUGUGCCACGAAGCCACAACCAGCUCACUGGUCUCACUAACAGCUCUGUCCAUACAAGCAUGAUGGGAGUUAAUUCCUUUACUGGGCAGCUUGCCGUGAAUGUCUCAGAAUCAUCUCAAGGUGGAAACCAGGGAUUCGGUCGUAACACAAGUAGUGUAUCACCACAUGGCUAUGUACCCAGUUCCACCCCUCAGCAGAGCAGUUACAGUACAGUAUCUACUAGCAUGAAUGGCUAUGGCAACAGCGGCAUGACCAACCUGACUGGCUCCCCGAACUUCUUAAACAGCUCUUCUGCCAAUUCACCAUACGCAAUUGUCCCCUCCAGCCCCACCAUGGCUUCCUCCACCAGCCUACCCUCAAACUGCAGCAACUCCUCUGGAAUCUUCUCCUUUUCUCCGGCAAACAUGGUUUCAGCUGUGAAACAAAAGAGCGCUUUUGCUCCUGUCAUUCGACCCCAAUCCUCACCUCCACCUACAUGCACCAGCACCAAUGGAAAUGGUCUUCAAGAUCAGUCUUUUGUUGACUCUAACAAGUACUCCACAGCCAGUGCACUCCAGGGUCUGGCCUUCUCCUGAAUUAUCCCUGGAAUGAUUGUUCAGCCGAUGUAGAGAACAUUUAAAUGUGUGUGAGAAAAACUACAAUCUCAGGCCCUUUUUAAACAUUCUUCUUUGAAACAAAAAGAUACAGUGAGAGAACAAUACAAUAUUAAAUAUUGAACUGACCUGUUGUACCUCUCUGUUUUUGAUGUUUAAAUUUGUACUCACCUUUUAGACACUUUUUAAGAUAAGGAGCAAUGACACAGACAAUGCUCACCUGUCCCAUCUACACUUUAACGUGAGAGGUAUAUAUUUAUUUUUUUUAAGAACUGUAGCUACUCAUUUGCCAUCAUUUUUGUGUUUUGUGUGUAUUUUUAUGAAAUAAUACCUGACACAAUGUUGCAGUGUUUUCUAUUAAUGAUUUUACUGUAAAUACUAAUGAAGGACACCAAACUAUUU